AUGACAAGAGCAGAGCGAGAGAAGAGGGCACAGGCCACGGCCUACAGAUCAAUCCCAGAGAUUCUAAGAUCAAGUCCACGGGCAAAGCAUGGCAUAGCACAAGCAGACCUCAUCGACGACCCUCAGCCAGUCGUCAAGACUCCCACUGGCCCUGCGGCCCCCAUUUCGCGACCCGAUCUGUCGAUUCGCGUGACAAAUGCAGACACGCUCGAAGCAGCAUCACGUAUAUCGGAACGGCCGUAUGCAACACAAAAGAGAACGCUCGACGAUCUCAAAGGCAGCGAUGCCAGACCUACCGUUACCGUUCACAAUAUGGCUUCGCUUAGCCGCCCGGGUGGAGGAUUCUUGAACGGCUCGAAUAGUCAGGAAGAGUUUCUGUGCGCCCGGACAACACUUUUCGCUUCUCUGUAUCAAGACUUGUAUCCGCUGCCGGACCUCGGUGGCAUCUUCACGCCCGACGUUAUGGUCUUCCGAGACUUGAACGCCCUGGAGCUUCCCAAACGUGACCGAUUUUUCGUUAAUGUAAUUACUGCUGGUGUGCCUCGACACCCCGAGGUGAGAGGACGUUACGAUGAGCGGGAAAGUAGCUGUUCAUGCGGCGUCAGCUAUUGCGACCGUGAUCGCGAUAUGAUGGUGCGAAAGAUGAGGGCCGUGAUGCGUAUGGCGCAAAUGAAGGGCACGAAGCAGUUGGUGCUAGGUGCAUGGGGAUGCGGAGGACUGAACCAUCCUGUCAAGGAAGUCGCGAAACUUUGGCGGAAAGUAAUUGCAGGGAGCCCACGGCAGCGAAGACCCAAUUCGGAGCAGUGGGAAGGCAUUGACGAAGUCAUCUUUGCCAUCCCUAAUCCCAGCCAUGCAAAGGAAUUUCGCCAUGCUUUCGACGAUGUCCUGGCUCCGGAUUAUUCCACAUACUCACCAGCUUCUUCGUCUGCUGAAGCUGGUGCAAAGUCAACCGAAAUCGACGCUGAGAUCGAGCGUCUUAUCGCUACUGCCGGCUCUUUAGAACUUCAGAUCGAGACUGCGCAGAGCUCGUUCUUGAGAGGUCGACUCAAAGAGGAGCUUCGUGUUGUGAAUCACGAGAUCGCGCUCGGACAAGCGGCGAAGGCUGCGCGCGACGACGAGGACUCGGCAACUCCAGUGGAUGAAGACGUCGAAGAUGACUAUGUCGUCUCUGGUUUCCCUGGUUCGGACGGCGAAGACAACUCUUUCUACCGCGUCGACGGGACCGAAUCAGACUCGGAGUCGGACGAUAACCGGUCGGAGGUCUACGAAUUUCGAUUCGGUGGUCCUGGCGCUGACUCCCAGACUUCUCAGGACGAAGACGAGCUCGAGGAGGGCGGCUGGGUAGGAUAUUCGCCUUCACCCAAAUUCGAUCCGCAGACUGGGUGGUUUCAGGGCAGCAUCGACCAGCUUAGCGCGCACGUCAUGGGUAUAGGUCCGAAGAAGAGCAGCACCAGUCCUCGGAGUCCGCUUAUGACACUAGAUUCGAAUCCGGCGAACGACGGUGCCGCUGUCGAUGACUAG